UGGCGGGAGCGCGGAGACACACGCUCCGGGGCCGCGCGAGCGCGGUGCUGCGGCACCUGAAGGCGGAGCCAAGCCCCGCAGCCGCGGGCUCGCGGGCGCGAAGCCCCCUCCCCGCGCCCCUCCCGCCGGAGCGUAGACGCGCGUAGGUGCGUGAGGCCGCGUCCACUCAGGAUCUUGCAGGCGUGGGCCCCCAUGGAGCACAUCCGCACGCCCAAGGUCGAAAAUGUCCGCUUGGUAGAUCGAAUAUCUUCUAAAAAAGCAGCCCUCGGUACUUUGUAUUUGACGGCUACUCACGUCAUCUUCGUGGAAAAUGCACCCGACACAAGAAAAGAGACGUGGAUUCUGCACAGCCAGAUUUCCACCAUUGAGAAGCAGGCCACAACAGCUACGGGAUGCCAUCUGCUUAUUCGUUGCAAGAACUUUCAGCUCUUACAGCUCAUCAUACCGCAGGAGAGGGAUUGCCACGACGUGUACAUUUCUCUGCUCCGCCUUGCAAGGCCAGUUAAAUACGAAGAGUUAUACUGCUUUUCAUUCAACCCCAAGCUGGAUAAAGAAGAAAGAGAGCAAGGCUGGAUGCUGAUCGACCUUGGGGAAGAGUACAAGCGCAUGGGCCUCCCUAAUGAUUAUUGGCAGCUCAGUGAUGUGAACAGAGACUACAGAGUUUGCGAUUCAUACCCCACCGAGCUGUACGUUCCCAGACCGGCCACGGCACACAUCAUAGUGGGGAGUUCCAAAUUCCGGAGCAGACGGCGGUUUCCUGCCCUCUCCUACUACUACAAAGAUAACCACGCCUCCAUCUGCCGGAGCAGCCAGCCCCUGUCCGGCUUCAGUGCCCGGUGCCUGGAAGACGAGCAGAUGCUCCAGGCCAUCAGGAAAGCCAACCCAGGGAGUGACUUCAUUUACGUCGUCGACACCCGGCCUAAACUCAAUGCCAUGGCCAACCGUGCUGCCGGGAAAGGCUACGAGAAUGAAGACAAUUACUCCAACAUCAAGUUCCAGUUCAUCGGGAUAGAGAACAUCCAUGUCAUGAGGAACAGUCUGCAGAAAAUGCUGGAAGUGUGCGAACUUAAAUCUCCCUCCAUGAGUGACUUUCUGUGGGGACUGGAGAACUCUGGCUGGUUAAGGCACAUUAAAGCCAUCAUGGAUGCAGGGAUCUUCAUUGCCAAGGCCGUUGCAGAGGAAGGGGCAAGCGUGCUUGUGCACUGUUCUGACGGCUGGGACAGGACCGCGCAGGUGUGCUCGGUGGCCAGCCUCCUGCUGGACUCACACUACCGGACCCUGAAGGGCUUUAUGGUAUUAAUUGAAAAGGACUGGAUUUCCUUUGGCCAUAAGUUCAAUCACAGGUAUGGCAAUCUCGACGGGGAUCCCAAGGAGAUCUCUCCGGUCAUUGACCAGUUCAUUGAGUGUGUCUGGCAGCUAAUGGGGCAAUUUCCCUGUGCCUUUGAGUUCAACGAGCGGUUCCUGAUUCACAUCCAGCAUCACAUUUACUCCUGCCAGUUUGGAAACUUCCUGUGCAACAGCCAAAAGGAGAGACGGGAACUCAAGAUUCAAGAAAGAACGUACUCUCUGUGGGCUCACCUGUGGAAGAACCGGGCCGACUACGUGAACCCCCUCUUCAGAGCCAACCACAGCCAGGCCCAGGGGGCCCUCCGCCUCCCCGCAGCGCCAUGCAACUUCACGUACAAGUUCUGGAGUGGGAUGUACAACCGCUUUGAGAAGGGGCUGCAGCCGCGGCAGUCGGUCACAGACUACCUCCUGGCCGUGAAGGAGGAGAGCCAGCAGCUGGAGGAAGAACUAGAGGCCCUGGAAGAAAGGCUGGAAAAAAUCCAGAAAGUCCAGUUCAAUCGCACCAACGUGAAGAGCGAGCCGCGUGAAGCCAGCAGACACUCAGGGUUUUCCACCUCCGACCAGAGCACCGCCAACACCCCCCAGGACUACAGCGGGAACGUGAAAUCCUUCCCAUCCAGGAGCCCUUCCCAGGGCGACGAGGACUCCGCUCUGAUUCUAACCCAGGACAACCUGAAGAGCUCAGAUCCGGACCUGUCGGCCAAUAGCGACCAGGAGUCCGGGGUGGAGGACCUGAGCUGCCGGUCGCCCAGCGGCGGAGAGUGUGUGCCCAGCGAGGACAGCGGCAAGGACCGCGACUCCGACGAGGCUGUGUUUCUCACAGCCUGAGGCCUCCGUCUGGUGUUCCAGAACAAAGGACAUGCAAAAGACACUUUCCAAAAAUAAGGGAACAGUGCAAUGGAACAUGAAUAAUAACAAGAAAUAGUUCAUGUUAUCGAGAAGUAGAAAAUAUAGCAAAUGAAAGGGGGGGUCCAAUUUAGUUUCUUUAGAUGUUGAAUAACAGGAAGUAGCCAUAGUAAGGAAAUGAUCGCCUUUGGAGAAUCAUUCUAGACUCUGAAAGCUGCACUCGCUGCAGAGCGAUGACCUCUACCGGCCCGGAGGUCACCGUCACCAUCACCAUCACCACCACCGCAUGCGUCUGCUCAGUUCAGCAAGUGCCCUGACCCCUGGCCCACACUCCUGUUACCAUGGUCAGUCUCCCUGAUGUGUAUUUUGUUUCCUGAAACAUCUGAUGUUACCUUCCUUCCUCUGUCAGAAGUAUUUCUAGUAACAGAGGACACUGUUGAGAUGUAUCCUUUUUUGGUUAAUAGAUCUAUUUCUGUUACUGAGGAGUUUUGUUAAGUGCUUAAGCUAUCUUCCAGGUUUCAUGACCACUGUAACUUUUCCAAUUCAAAUAUAGUUUGAAUUGUUAUUAUAAUUUUGUUGCUUUUCUCUGGAAUCUCUUACUCCUUCUCACCAUUUAAAAAAAUGCUAAAACUUAUAACUUACCUU